AUGAGGAAAUACUUUGCACUUCUGUUAGGUGCUACCCUGCUCUUGUCCAUGGGAGAGCCUGCAGUGGUCACUGGGGUUUGUGACAAGGAUGAACAAUGUAGAAACAGGACUUGCUGCGCUGUCAGCCUUUGGAUAAGAAGCAUUCGGGUGUGUACACCUCUGGGAAGUGAAGACGAUGAGUGUCAUCCAUUAAGUCACAGAGUUCCAUUUUUAGGAAAAAGACUUCACCACACCUGCCCAUGUCUUCCGGGCUUGAUUUGUACAAGACUGGGUGAAAACAGAUACAAAUGUCUGAAAGAUGAAAGAUUGUUGUUUUUACAAAAUGCAAUGCAACAGAUAUAGUUAAAAUAUAGGGACUUUGUUGUGACGAGGAGAUAUGUUUUAUGGCACAGAAUAUAGAAAGCAUUGUCUUCGCUUAGCAGAUGUAAGC